AUGGCGGAAAAUAUAUACGACGAGAUAGAGAUUGAGGAUAUGACCUACGAUGCGGCCGUGGGCCUCUAUCACUACCCAUGUCCAUGCGGAGAUCGUUUCGAGAUCUCUCUAGGAGAUCUUCGUGACAAAGAGGACAUCGCAGUUUGCCCCAGUUGCAGUUUGAUGAUUCGUGUUAUUUUUGAAGUGGAUGAUCUUCCGAAGCCAGAAUCAGAAAGCGAAGAUGCAGCACCUGUAGCGCCAACUACAGCACCGCCGACUGCCGUGGCGACAUGA